AUGGCAGUAAUCUCAUCCCGGUUUAACAUUUCCGUUCCCUCGACAGACAUCCUCACCUAUAUCUUCGAUUCUCCUUGGGAUUCAACCCAAGGAUACCCAGAUGAUGAGCCGAUCAUUUUAUCUGCCAGAGGGAUUGAUCAGCCUUCUUGCACUUUCAACGAGUUAAAGCAUCUUGUAAAAUGCUUUGCCUGUGGAUUCAAGACACUCGCUCCUUCAAAUCCGAGAGUCGUGCUUUACGGGACUUUGAACGUCUACCUUCCGGCAGUUCUCUUGGGAGCACUAGGGGCAGGAGCCAGCUGUAAUAUCUGUCCUGCGUACCCAUUGGCAGAAACGACCGCAAGGCUCCGAACAAUAAACGCAGAUUAUGUCUUCUUCCAACCGGAGCAUCUGGAAACUGUAACAGCCGCAGCUAAAAUCGCUGGUGUUCCAGUUGAAAAUCUAUUUAUCCUUGAUGAGUCUGAGACUUGUGAAAAACUGCAGUCCCCUGUGUCCCAUUGGGCUUCCCUACUUGACCUUAUCAAUGGGCCAAGCUUUCAAUGGAAGAGAUUAUCUGAUGAUGAAUCCAAGAAGACAACGGCUUUAUUCUGUCAUACUUCUGGGACUACCGGUUUCCCGAAAAUGGCCGAGAGAACCCAUUAUGGCUUGAUUGGAAAUACGGCGCAGUUGUUAUACCGUUACCAUCUUAAGCCUAGAGAAAGACAUGAGACGUGGUUUUGUACAUUCAUGUACGCAGGAAUCGGGUUCAUUCUGUACGGUCUGUUGAUGCCGUUAAAAGCCCGGUACAAAACUAUCUUCAUGCCGCAGUUCGACGCAAACGGGUUUCUAUCUGCUAUUGAAGCUUUUCAGCCCACAUCUCUGCAUACGCCCAAGCAUAUUCUCCAAAAACUUUUGGCAGAUUAUGCAAACGCGGACUUCUCCUGUAUCUCGAGUCUGCGAACUGGAGGGGCUAUGAUCCCAAUUUCCAUGCGUGACGAAUGGGUGCAGCGUCACGGAUCCCAAUGUGAAGUUGUGUGUGGAAUGACUGAAGGAGGAAUUCAUUUUGCAUCAGACCCAAGACAGAUUGAAAUAGACGAGACUGUUGGGGAGCUUUUGCCGAACCUCCAGGCAAAGGUGGUUGAUCAUAAUGGUCAAAUACUUCCAAUUGGCCAGAGCGGUGAAAUUCUGAUUCGGAAUCCUUUCGCCAUGACUGGAUACUUAAAUGGACUAGUUGCAACAAAGGAAGUCUUUACCGAUGAUGGGUAUAUCAAAACAGGUGAUAUUGGCAUGGUCAAUGAAUCUGGCCGCUGGUAUAUAAUUGGCCGCUUGAAGGUGAGCACACUGGAAACUCUCGUUGUCAUAAACUAUAUCAUUGACAAAAUGGCCCAGGAUCUUUACAAACGAGAUGGAUAUCAUGUCAUGGGAUCCGAAAUUGAAGCGGCUGUUUUAUCGCAUCCAGAAGUUCUUGCAGCAGCCGUCAUUGCAGUGAAACCCCCUGAAGCAGUCGAUGAUGAACCUGUUCCACGGGGUUAUCUUGUACGACGACUGGGAUCCACUUUGACACCCGACGCAUUCGACGCAUGGGCUCUCACUACACUGCCCAAGAGGUUUCAGCUCGACGGCGGUUUUCAGAUUUUGGAGGCUCUCCCUGUGUCAAUGGCUGGAAAGGUAGAUCGCAAUGCUUUACGCCAGAGAAGCAUAAUCGAGCUUCAGUUUAUCGGGGCUUAA